AGUUGAUUUCAAGCACACAUAGGAUGCAGCACGACGACGGCUUUGUCUACUGCUACGGGAAUCUGUACGGCCUGCUGCUGUACUGGGGCUUAAUCACGUUUCGGGUGCAGAGUCCUGGCCAAGGUGGAGCCGCCUUCACCAGGUGGACAGUAGUCUAUGCCCUGCUGACCCGCCUUCUGACGGUAUCCUGUUUCCUGGGCAGCGUUUUUGUUAAGUUGAGGGAUCCAGAGAUGGCGGCAGCCAUGUUUGGUCACCUUACGCCGUUGGUCAAGGCGAUCUUCACUUGGGAGUGCCUCAGCUGCUCCAUCACCUACGUGGAAUAUUGUCUGUCGAUGGAUGCACAGAGGCGGAGGCACUUGCGUCUCGUCGCCGGCCUGCAAGAGUUCGAUCGGAUCGUUUCGCAGCAGUUUCCUCGGGUUAAGUGGAACUACCAACGCACCCGAUGGAAGUAUUGGUAUGGCACCGUGAUCGUGGGCUUCUGUUUCUUCUCCUUCACAAUUUCCCUGAUCUUUGACACGGCGCGUUGCACCUGCGGCAUCCCAUCCACCUUGCUGAUGGCCUUCACCUACACCCUGCUGACGAGUUCGGUGGGACUGGUGGGAUUCGUUCACAUUGGCAUCAUGGACUUUUUGCGCCUGCGCAUGCGACUGAUGCAGAAGCUCCUGCAGCAAUUGUAUCAAGAGGGUGACGGUGCUGGUCAGCGGGAGCGGCACGAGCGGAUUGCCCAUCUGUUCGUCAUGUCCAAGCGCUGCUGUGAACUUCUCGCGGAGCUGAAUGGUGUCUUUGGAUUUGCCGCCGCCGCUGGUAUCUUCUACGACUUUACGAUUAUGACCUGCUUCGUGUAUGUGAUCUGCCAGAAACUGCUCAGCCGGGAGUCGUGGGACCUGGAAUACACAUUCAUGCUGCUCCACGUAGCCAUACAUUCCUAUAAGGUAAUCAUCACCAGCGCCUAUGGUUAUUUGCUGCAGCGAGAGAAGCGCAAUUGCCUGCACAUGCUGGGCAACUAUGCCAGCCACUUUCCCGGCCAGAAUGUGGCCCGGCAGCAGACGGAAGACUUUCAGCACUGGCACAUGCACAAUCGUCAGGCGGCUCUGGUGGGCAGCAGUAUUCACCUCAAUAUAUCUACUAUUUACCUGGUAUACAAUGGCAUGGCGAACUAUGUGAUUAUCCUGGUGCAGUUGCUAUUCCAGCAGCUGCAGAUCAAGGAGCGUCAGCAUAGCUUGGGCAGGGAUGUGGACAUUGUGGGUCAUAUCGGUCCCAUUACUCACAUGGAUUAA